UUGUUUGACCCUUUUUUUUUUUUUUUUUUUUUUGGCUCACUUGCUUUCUCGCGGCAAUGGCGGCGGCGACGGGAAAUGACAACGACAACGGCUUCGAUAACCAGCUUAAACCAGAAUCUGAACCGGCUACGGUUAACCUUUCGCCUCCUCUGUCUAAGAACGCUCAGAAGAAGCAACUGAAGCAGCAAAGAUACGAAGCGAAGAAAGCUGAGAAGAAGGCACAGGAGAAGGAGCAGAAGAGGAAGGAAGGAGAGAGAAAGCAUAAGGAAUGGGAGGAAACCCUAGCGAACGCGACGGAGGAGGAGAGGCUGAAGCUGAUUGAAUCGAGGAAGAGUCUGCGGAAGGAGAGAAUGGACAAGAGAUGGGAGGAGAAAGAGAAGAAGAUGGAGCGGCUUAAUCGAGCCAAAGAAGUAGGUCAAAAGAUCGUCGUAGAUGUUGAUUUUGCGCAUCUCAUGUCUGAUUCUGAGAUCUCUAGCCUCGUUCAGCAGAUUAUGUAUUGCUAUGCGGUGAAUGGGAGAAGUACUUCACCUUGUCAUCUAUGGCUUACAGGAGUCCAAGGGAAGAUGAGUGCUGAGCUUGAUAAGCUUCCUGGUUUUGAGAAGUGGUUCAUUGAGAAGGAAAGUAAUUGCUACAUUCAGGCCAUGGCUGAUCAGAAAGAUGAUUUGGUCUACCUUACGGCUGAUUCUGAUACUGUUUUGGAUGAUCUUGACCCCAAGCAUAUCUACAUUAUCGGUGGCUUAGUGGAUCGAAACCGAUUCAAAGGGAUCACCAUGACCAAGGCACAAGAACAAGGCAUCAAAACAGCUAAGCUUCCCAUAGGAGAGUAUCUGAAAAUGUCAAGUUCUCAGGUUCUCACUGUGAACCAAGUUUUGGAGAUACUCGUGAAGUUUCUGGAGACUAGGGACUGGAAAACAGCCUUCUUCACUGUGAUUCCUCAGAGGAAAAGAACCGGACUUGAUCCUGUUGGUUCUUCGAAACUGGAACCUCUUUCUGAAGAGCACCAGGAGGAAGACGCUGAUGCGGACAAACAUGAUCAUCUGGAGAGGAAAAAGGUAUGCGUUGAAGUUCCUCUGGAAAGUAGUAGCUAGAUGAAUGAAGAUUAUGCAUAUGAGAGUUGUUUCUAUAUCCGCUAAACACUGAUUUCUCUGUAGCUGAGAAUUGGAAUCUGGAAUGUUUUGUCCCUUUAUAUGUUUGAGUCAAGACGCAUUACGAAUUUCACUGUCAA